GAUUCAACUUGAAUUGAAUGCCACAAAAUAUAAUUUUCAAUUGUCUUUUAUGUUAAUUUAAACUGUUAAUGUUUCUUAUGUUGACUAACCAAAUACGUGUAAAGUAAUUUUGAAUUAUUGACAUAUUAACCAUUCCCAGUGUCUAAAAACACAGAAAGAACCCAAAUGGACAUCCCCUCAAGACCUCAAUCCUUGGCACACAGUGGUAGCAGCAGACCCUCUGAGUCUCUUUGUAAUGAUCGAAGAUCAUUCAGCCCUAGGCCUGGCCAAGAGAGUCAGUCCAGAUCCCUUUCUCAGAGACGGCGUGGGGGUUCCUCAGGGUCUUCCACUCAUAGACGGAGAUCAUUCAGCCCUAGGCCUGGCCAAGAGAGUCAGUCCAGAUCCCUUUCUCAGAGACGGCAUGGGGGUUCCUCAGGGUCUUCCACUCAUGGACGGAGAUCAUUCAGCCCUAGGCUUGGCCAAGAGAGUCGGCCCAGAUCCCUUUCUCAGAGACGGCGUGGGGGUUCCUCAGGGUCUUCCACUCAUGGACGGAGAUCAUUCAGCCCUAGGCCUGGCCAAGAGAGUCGGUCCAGAUCCCUUUCUCAGAGAUGGCAUGGGGGUUCCUCAGGAAUUUCAGAAGAGAGUUCUUCAGCUCCUUGUUGAUAUCAAGGAUACAAUUCGCGUUGCCACCUCUGCUGGAACAGCAUAUGAAUUAAAUCCUGCAAACACUUUAGAAGAGCUCAAAGCUUUAGAGAAUCGCCUGGAGGACGUUAAUGAGGGAGCAGAACUGCACCUGAGGAAUAAACAUCCCGAAGAAUGGGAGAAGUGCAACCGGCUCCGUAGCGAAAACGGCUCCUCUAGAACACCUGCUAAAAAGCAAACUACACUUCCUGAGAGCUUUACAAACUGUGUGCCUUAUGAUAAGAACGGAGCGCGAUGGAAAGCGAUUACAGAGGCGAUCACUCGCAAGUAUUUUGCCGAUGUAGCGCUGCCUCACCUGUACAAUACAACUCGGGAAAAGAUCUGCAGUGAGCUGGAGGAGAUGCAGUUUUACUCAGCCACAACGGGCCUCUGGUCCAGCCGGACGAUGCAGCCAUAUCUGAGUCUCACGGUUCACUACAUCAACACUAAUUGGACUCUGCGCAGCAUCUGCCUUCAGACAGCGUAUUUCCCCAACAACCACACUGGUGAAAUAAUUGCCCAUGGCUUAAAAGACGCUCUCAGCUCCUGGGGACUUUCGGAGGAACGACUCGUCUGCAUGACAACUGAUAGUGGCACCAACAUCAUAAAAGCCCUUAAGGACAACAACUGGCCCAGCUUGCAGUGUUUUGGCCACAGACUCCACAACGCUAUAGAGAAUGGUGUGAAGGAUCCAAGGAUCGAUCGGGCCAUAGGGGUCUGCAAAAAAGCUGUAUCAGCCUUCUCCUACAGCUGGAAAAAAAGGCGAGACAUGACAGAGGUGCAGGCUGAGCUUGGACUUCCCCAGCAUCUUUUGAUCUCAGAAUCCCCAACACGUUGGGGGUCUCGUCAAAAGAUGAUUGAGCGCUUUCUUGAGCAAGAGAAGGCAAUAACUCGUGUCCUGGGUGCGGACAAGAAAACGCGUCAUCUUGUUCCCACGUGGCAAGAUUUGGCCACCAACAAAGCAGUGAAACCUCUCCAGGACUUCACUGAUGCACUGUCAGGGGAAUCAUAUGUCAGUGUGUCAUGCAUCAAACCAGUGCUGCAUUUGUUUAAAACAAGUCUCCUCCUGCCAGAGGAGGAAGAUUUGGAGCUAACAAAAACAAUCAAAGCUAACGUCAUGCGUUACCUCGAAAGUAAAUACUGUGAUUUGGAGAAAGAGGAACUUUUGGACAUGGCCACACUUUUAGACCCAAGGUUCCAUACAACUUACAUUGAUGCUAGCAAACUGGAAGUUGUCAAAAAAAGAGCGGUGUCUGAGAUCUCUGCUUUCUGCAACUCUACCACAGAGGAAGCUGGUCCCUCAGCUGUUCAAGAGAACACCCCACCAAAAAAGAAAAUGACUCUGGGUGCCUUCUUUAAAAACAGUGCACCAUCCACCACGCCACACCCACAAUCUGAGAAAACAAAAAUUGAGACUGAGCUUGCGACGUAUUUCCUUAUUCCAGACAUAGAGCCAGACACAGAUCCUCUCGAAUGGUGGAAGCUGCAUCAGCCCAACUUUCCAAGGCUAAGCUUACUGGCUAAAAAAUAUCUUUCUAUUCCAGCCACUAGUGCCCCCUCAGAGAGGGUAUUUAGUGUGGGUGGGGGAAUAGUUACCUGCAACCGGGCCUGCCUUAAGCCAGAGGUUGUGGACAGGCUCAUCUUUCUUGCAAAAAAUGUUUAGAAUGAGCAUAAUGUUUCAGAGAUCUAACAAGCACGUGUUUUGUUGUUCUAGAUAAAAGUUUACAAUUGUUUACUCUUUGAGCAGGCUAUAUGUCUGCCACAGGCAUGUUUCAUUUUUUAUAUUCACACUAUACUGAGAAGAGUUUAUUUUUUUUUAAUUGUAAUGUUAUAUGUUACAAAAUUUGUAAUUAUCUGAUUUCUUGAACAGUAAAAUUUAAGCUACUGUGAAGUUGUUGCACUUUUGCUUAAACCUGGGUUAAAGCUUGAAAUUGUUGAAUGACAGAG